GCAUUAUGCAACAUAUAAAAAGAAGUUAUUAUGUCAUUAAAUAUUUAUUUAAAUACAAUGAAUAAUUUAAAUGUUUCCGUCGUCGGUCUAUUGAUGUUUUUCGCUUUCUCAGUUCAAAGCUUCAGAUUAGGCCCAUUCUACUCAGAUCGGUAUGACAACUGCGAUUGUGGCUGCAACCCUUAUUAUGACAAUUGCAACAAUGGCCCUUAUUGGGAUCCGUCAUGCAAUCCUUGCUGUGAACAUAAAAAAACUAUCAACAUUUACGAGUCACCAUUGAUGGACAGAUACAAACUUUGUGUAGGACGUUGCGGUUGUGAUGGCUUUGGUUAUGGUAGUUGUGGUCAUGGUUAUGGUGACGGAGGAUGUGGCAACAAGGGGAAAUGGUUGCACAGUCCAUUUUCGAAACAAAUUUAUAGAAUUAAAACAUAUAGUUGUCUGUAA